AUGAUAAUCUAAUAAUUGUUUCAUAAACAAAGAUAAAAAUCCUAUUUAAGGUUUGAAUUCCAAUCAAAGUAAUAGCUCAAAUCAAACUAAUUAAUUUACUAGCAUCAGAAAAUACAAAUUCAAUUCUCAUAAAUUAAAAAAGAUUAUACAUAAUAUGAAUUCAGAAUAUUUCAUCAUGUUUAAAAUAUGAAGAGUGUUCCCUAUUAAUCCAAAAAAAAAUCUACAUUGUCAAUGUGUCUACAUACAUACAAUGAUCAAAUUGUAUCUUAUGACGGCUAAAUUGAAAUCAGAAUUAAUCAGAAUUUGCUAGAAUAUCACUUGAAGCAAUAGGAUUAGAAGUUUUAGAUAAUAGUUUUACUGUUGCUGGAGUGA